CAUACGAUACUACACUGCGACUUCACCAAUUGAGGGCCGAAUUGAAUGACAACGAUCGCUAAAGCUUUACAACUCUUCCUACUGCUGGCUGGUCUGGACGGGAUGGGAAUAGUACGAAAGUGUAAAGACGGACUUGUAGACGAUUCAAUAGGAACUACCACCUCUUUGAACCAUUUUCAUUAUCGUCGAACAGUAUCUUUGGAUCAUUCUCUCCAUACACACCAUACUAUAAAACACCCUGACCACGACGGAUCGUACGAAUAAGUACCCAAUACUUUGUACCCAAACCUGCUUCUUUCACCAGUCAUUGAUAUCAUUAGACUACACGUAGAAUAGGUACAUUUAUUUGAUAUUACUAUUACUCUCUCCCCCCCCUCCGUCUACAUCUUUUUCUACAUUUCUACGACGUUGCACUUGGCCGGCUUGAAUACUGUACAAUUUAUUGAGAUCAGAUACGCAGAUUGUACCUAUCUGGUCCCUCAAAUAUUAGUGGUGUGUAACUAUUUCAUUUCCUCGAACCCUCUUUCAAACUAUCGUUCGUCUGUAUCUACCUAUCUGCUAGCUACAUACCUACUGUAUACACACAUACCCAACAAAUCGAGAAUUGAUGAGAUAGCGAUGUAAUUGUCAAUAAUAUAUCGUACAUUUUGUCUCAUCCGCUUGACUUGAUUCACUCCAGUCCAUUUCCCCCUCACUUCACGCUGUUCUCCGCUUUAUCUUUUGACGCUCUUCUUGCCUCUCUCUGCAUUUCACCUGUUCAUCACCUUCACACCAAGUACAGUACACUACACUACACACAUCCAUCGCGACCCUUUCAACUAUCGCUGGACGGAGUACUUGACUUUUGCUUUGUCUCAGGCCGCUUUAACAUUGUUUUCCUGGCCCUUCCCACUUCGAUCUCAAUCAUCAUACAACACAGACCCAUUCAUCAGCCCAAAGUCCCUCGCUUGUCAUUACCGAACCGGUCUGGCUCACUUUACACAGCUUACUUACGUAUCAAAAGCAGCAGCCAGGUCCUUCUCUUACAUUAUCUCUGGUACCCCAAAUAUCUUAUUUGGUCUGCUUCCCUUUGACCUUCUUCGACUCUCCACAUCUCAACCCCAAUUUGUGUGGUCGAGUUUGUCAACAACGAAACACACAAUAAGGAUGAAUAAAUUAUCAAACCUCGGUCGCGAUAUGAGGCACUGGUCCGGUCCAGGUUUCGGCAUGUCGCGACAGAAUCAAAUGAAUGGCAUGUCGUCAAUGCCGCCUCACACAAAACCGACUCCUUCACCAGCGCUGGCACCGACCCCUGCAGACUCUACUAUCCACUAUUCAUUCAACAUUCCCUUCGCUUCUGAUCUCGCCGGUCCAAAUACAGAGGAUAUCCUUUACGCCACGGCCAAUGCUGUUCUAAGAUGGACACAUUCUGAAGACGCGCCUGAUGACAUUCCAGUAUGGAAAUUGCCCGUCCAUACCUCAAAUAUCGAUAACCUCUCGAAGCUUUGCUUAGAUAUUACCAAUGGGCCUCUGCCAAUCUUGGCCAAUGUCGCCGUCACUACCCCCAAGCGUCCAGGUGCCUCCCCAGCACAAGUUACGACGGUCACUCUUUCGGGAAGCCCGGAGUUGGUACACAAGAGCAGAGAAACCAUCUUGAAUGAUACUCCUAUCGCAUUGGUAUGAUUAAGACUGUUGUCCCUUGGUUAUUUUCAAGUAUUGACAUCCAUGUAGCGUUGUUCAGUUAUCGACGUUGAUGGAGAUUUGAUUCUCGAUUCCACCAAGUCGGGUUUGAAAGCAUCCGUCAUUGAACAUCUGGACAAUGUUGCCGCGUUCUGCGGAGUCGAUAUAUUCUUGCUAGGUCCAAAAUUUACCUCUUCGUUGACCGAUGGACUUAGCAGCAAUGGCGAAGCAGGAAGGGAUCAACGCUGGAGAGUUGCAGUUUAUGGAGAUAUGGAGAGUGCUGAACACGGAAAGACGAGAAUCUUGGUUUACAUUGACAGACUAGUAUGUAUCUAUGCGUACGGCUCCUCGCAAACUGGGCACUAACAUUUUGAUUUAGCUCGGACGCAUUGUUGACGCGGCAUCCCUCGAGCUCUCCCUUCACACUGUCAUCUGUGGACGAUCCCGAAAGAACAUUAAAGUCAUUGAAUCCGCUACGAACACAGCUAUUUAUUUCCCACCUCCCUUCUCGCAAGUUUACAAAUAUUGCCCAAAGGGUGCCCACCGACGAAACCCCGAGGAGAUAUUCAUCACGGGCGACCGACCAGAAAACAUUGCCGCAGCGAAAGCCCGGAUCCACGAACUUGUUAGAAUGACAAGGCUCUUCAUGAAAGAUGCCCAUGUAACUGCUGCUAAGAUUGACAGCAUCCUCCUUACUAGGAUGGACAAGGUUCGUAGAGUUAUGGAGACGCACGGAACAUUUAUCCAGUUCCCAGCUCUUGCUUCUCAACGUAGCAUGAUCAGAAUCCAAGGGACAGAAGGGCUCCAUGUGGAACGAACUGUCCGGGAACUCAUGUUAAUGGUACGUGUUAUCAAUGAUUUUCUCUUGGGCUGCGACUAACGAAUAUUACAGGGUGUACAAUUUUACAGCGCAUCAUGGUGGAUCCAACAACCGCCAAAUCAGGCACCUUUACAACCAGCUCCACACGCAAUAAGGGCGAUGCUGGUUGAUAUCUGCUCGUAUUCCUCAGCAGAUGUAACAUACGAUAAGCUACAAUGGACAAUUACUGGUUCCGAUGAAGCUGUAAAAGACGCCUUGAUUAUCAUUAGCAAUAUCGCAUUGAACAAGCGAGGUUGUGCCUAUCAGAUUCGAGUCAAGCUUGAGUUAGCAAAUGAGCACAAGGAGUUCGUUAGUGGAAAGAAGAAUGGAAAGAUUAACAAGAUCAUGGGCCAAAGUAAGGUUUUUGAAGCUUUAACUCGUUUGGUUUACUAACCUUUUAUUCAGGCAACGUUCAAAUCAUAUUUGAUGGAUUCAAUGAGUACAAUUUCAACAUUGAUGUUUGCGGAAAUAACUAUGACCAAAUGGUUACUGGCCUCGGCCUUGUCGAACAAGAAAUGCCGGCUCAAAUAUCGUUCCAUGUUCCAGAUCAGUAUCACAAGCGUAUUAUCGGCAUUGGUGGCCAGCACAUCCAAAGGAUCAUGAAGAAGCACUCUGUUUUCGUCAAAUUCUCCAAUGUUAUGGAUCGUGGUGGGCCCAAUCGUGAGGAUGAUGAUGUCAAGUCCGAUAAUGUUAUUUGCCGAACUCCAGCUCGGAACGCUCAUAAUUUAGAGCUUGUGAAGGCUGAAAUCCUUGAUAUGGUCGAUCGAGUUGAUUCAGAAUUCACUUCCCAAACUGUCAACGUUGACCGAUUGUACCAUCGGCAACUCCUGGCUCGCCUCAAUCAAAUCGAAGAAUUGGAAAAGAAGUGGAACUGCAAAGUUAUCUUCCCAAGUACCGAGCAAGCUAGUGACGAUGUCACGAUUUCAGGACCGGAAUGGCAAGUUCCUCACUGUGUUGAUGAGUUUCUUGGGAUGGUUCCGGACAGCCAUGAGCUUGUUUUAGCUCGUACCCCGGAACUCAUGAAAUUCUUCAGCUCCAAGACUUUCAAGACAGAAAUGGCCCCAAAGCUCAAGUCUCAAUACGUGGUCGAGGUCCAAGUCAAUGAAGACUCUACGGAACGUACUGAAAACGAUGGACCGACAAUCAUUCUCCUGUGGACUUUCACCAGAAACAAUGCUGGUGGUGUUCGGGAUGCAAUUGAUUUCUUGUUCUCUAAUAUUGCCGCAGCUGGUAUUGAGGUUACCACUGUCAAGGGAACAAUUCCUCGUCCCAAGUCCGAUUCAUUCGAGGAAUCCUUGCCAUACUUCGAUUCUAAACUCUUACAACAUGCUCCUGCACCAAUGGCAACCGAUUCACCUACCAAAUCUUCUUUUGGCGAUGACGUUGCGAGGGAGAGAAGCAACAUUUUUGAUAAACUUCGCAAGCCUGGUAGCAUGUCAUCAAUUUCUUCGUUCUUGAAUGGCCGCAAGAAUAGCUCCCAGUCUCCCGCCGGUUCUUUCUUCCGGAACGGAUCUCGAAAUGCAUCAAGAACUUCCUUGAUCUCCAUCGAAUCUACACGAAGUUUUAACGCAGACCGUAACCCAUGGAACGAUAGUGGUGUCAACUUGCCGGACGAUGACACCACACCAUGGCCAACCCGCCAAUUUGGAAGUGGCAGUGGUAGUAUCCACGAUGGUAAGCACUCGCAUGGACAUCCAGGCGAUGCAACACCAAGACAUAGCAUGAGAGCUUCGACCGACAGCGGUCGUCCUUCAACUUCUAAUUCUACAAACUCCGGAUACCCCGGUCCAAUAGGACCACCGCGUUCUUAAGAUAUCCACAAAACUAUUCCCUUAUUUCCUAGAUUGUCUUUAAGUACGUCGAUUUCGACAUACACAAUGGCUGGAUAUAUACCCUGGCGCGCAAUACCCCAAAUACCAAUUUUUUUUAUGCUGCUUUGAUUGUUUUUCUCCUCUCUUUCUCGCAAAUUUGAUAUCUCUUUCAUUUACGGACCACUUUGUUAUUUGUUUUGUUUGCGUUUAUCAUGCUUCAACCUUGCAAAAAGUUGAAAAGAACAUGCAUGCGGGCGCGCUCUCAGAGACGAACAGAAGACAAAACAUUUAGAAGAUCCUCCUUGCGUUCUUGACUAUUCAUAUUAAGAGGAAAUACCUAUUUGCUUUUAGGGAGCGUGGGAUUGAUUUUUUACUUUUCGUUUUGGUUGCUACAAUAUCCUUGAGUUUGGUUCCUUUUUUCGCGCGUUUACUUGGUAUGGUUUAGGCAAAUGGGUACACGGAUUGUGAAUGAUGGUAUAGGUUUGGAAGCUGGGUUGUGAUGAGGGGAUGAGAGAUGAGGGAUGAGGGAUGACGGAUGAUUUUCACUCUUUUUACAAAUUGGGAUGGAGGUAUGGAAAAGGAGAAGCGGGUGGUAGGGUGGUGGUUUAGUGAAUUAGGAAGGGUUUGGUGGUUAUUAGCGAUUCUAUAACAAACAAACACGGUGAGGUUUCUAUUUGAGGUAUCUGGUAUGGAUGGAUGGGUUGGACAUCAGGAUCACUCACUAAACGGAUUAGUUGUGGGUGUAUAUUAUGAUACCCAAAUGAGAUAUUGUUGUAUGUUGAGAAUUCAAAAAUUGGUGCGAGA